AUGAGGAGCUAAUAGAACGAAGGAUCUUUAAUGGGGCUUUGCACUACCACUGCAGACUGUGCAAUAGUUCUUGUACAGGAGAGGAAAACCUAAACCAACACUUGACAGGGAGGCAACAUCUGAAAGCAAGAAGGAACCGAAACUUUGGAGACCCAGCAGCAGCUUUUCAGACCAACAGUCCUGCAAGCAGGCAAACUGGAGCCCCCUGUACACCAGUACAGACAAAUAUCCAAGACCAGGUAACAUAUGACAGACUAAUGGCAGAGAGAGCAGCUGAUGGCUAUUAUUGCAAUGUUUGCAAUAUCUCAUGCACAGGGAAAGAAAAUUUUGACCAACAUGAAAGAGGAAGGCAACAUCAAAAAACAUUAAAUAAAAGGGUAUUAAUGGGAGGUAGGGUAUCUGCAACACCCACCACAUCCAGAGUAAAUGUCAGUCCAUAUAGGCAGGAUGCCCCUCAAGUCCCUCCGAGUCCCUCUGUCCCAGUUGCUGCUCCUGUGUAUCCGCCACCCACAAGGACCGAGGAGAACAAAUCAAAAGACCUAGUGCAACAGGCAGUGGAGAAUGGAUAUAUGAUUGAGACAGACGUUGGUUACUUCUGCCUGAUGUGUGAGAUAACCUGCACCGGGAUUGUACCUGUGACGGACCACCUCACCGGGGACACACACCAGAGGAAUCUACA